AUGAAAUGUGAAAAGAUAAAUGGUUUGUACGUUCUCCAAAGAGAAAUUGUUCCAGCAGAAGAAGUAAGUAUGGUGAAAGGGAUAGAAUUGAAUAUGAAGUUGUGGCAUCACAGACUUAGACAUAUUAGUGAACAAGGUCUUAAAGAACUGCAAAAACAAUGUAUCAUUGAAAAUUUAAAUUCUUGUGCCUUACCAUUUUGUGAAGCAUGUGUUUUAGGGAAACAACAUAAGCUAAAAUUCACUCUAACAAGGCACACAACUAAAAAGAUACUCAAAUAUGUGUACACUGAUCCUUGGGGACCAUACAAAGUGCCUACUCACUCCGGAAAACCAGGAAACAAAAACACUAAAAGUAUGGAAAUGGAUUAUGGAAUGAAGCUCUCGGAAGAAGGUCCACAAGCAGAAGAUAGUGUGGAACCAAAAGACAAUGCAUAG